GGUGGCACCUCCCGGCGCAUGCGCGGGGCCGCCUGACCCCGAUCGCUAUGGCAGCGGCGUCGCUGUGCGCCCGGGCUCGGCGCUGGCGCCGGGGGUCGGGCGGUCGGUGAAGCCCCCGGUGUUGCAGCCUCUCGGGCAUGAGCGGGGCCUCCCGCGGCUCCGACCGCCGCGCCCCGUGCCGGGAACAUGCCCCUGGCCGCCUACUGCUUCGUCCGGGUCGUGGGCAGGGGCAGCUACGGGGAGGUGACGCUCGUGAGGCACCGGCGGGACGGCAGUAUGUCAUCAAAAAACUGAACCUCCGGAAUGCCUCUAGCCGAGAGAGGCGAGCUGCUGAGCAGGAAGCCCAGCUCUUAUCUCAGCUGAAGCACCCCAACAUCGUGACCUACAGAGAGUCCUGGGAAGGAGGGGACGGUCUGCUGUACAUCGUCAUGGGCUUCUGCGAAGGGGGCGACCUCUACCGAAAGCUCAAGGAGCAGAAGGGCCAGCUGCUGCCCGAGAGUCAGGUGGUGGAGUGGUUUGUUCAGAUCGCCAUGGCGCUGCAGUAUUUACAUGAAAAACACAUCCUUCACCGAGAUUUGAAAACUCAAAAUGUCUUCCUGACACGAACAAACAUCAUUAAAGUGGGAGACUUGGGAAUCGCUCGAGUGUUAGAGAGCCACUGCGACAUGGCCAGCACCCUCAUCGGCACCCCUUACUAUAUGAGCCCCGAGCUAUUCUCAAACAAACCCUACAACUAUAAGUCUGAUGUUUGGGCUCUGGGAUGCUGUGUUUAUGAAAUGGCCACCCUGAAGCAUGCUUUCAAUGCAAAAGACAUGAACUCGCUGGUUUAUCGGAUUAUUGAAGGAAAGCUGCCCCCAAUGCCGAAAGAUUAUAGCCCAGAGCUGGCAGAAUUGAUCAGAUCAAUGCUGAGCAAGAGGCCUGAAGAAAGACCCUCUGUGAGGAGCAUCCUGAGGCAACCUUACAUAAAGCGCCAAAUCUCCUUGUUCUUGGAGGCAACAAAGGCAAAAACCUGCAAAAACAAUACUACAAAUGGUGACUCUAAGUCCAAGCCUAUUGCCACAGAGGUUUCUGUAAAGACUAAUUCGGAUCAAGAAGCAGUUGCCUCCCAACCACAUCCCUCUGAAGACUCCAAGACCUUGGUAAUGGUAUGUGAGAAACCCUUAGUCGUUAAUCCCUCGAAGACGCCUGCAAGUGUAAAAGGCCGUAGCCGCAAACCCGACAUGAGCAGCACCACAGAGUCAGUGGCCACCAUCAGCAGAGUGAAUGUUGACAUCUUAGCUGCAGAAAGGAAGAACGCAGUGAGUGAUGCCUUAGCUCAAGAGAAUCAUCCAAGAUACUCAGAUGGCUCUAAGGAGCUAGUGGGUGAAAGCAGCAUUUCUCAAGUUCAAGAGAGGCUUCCAGAAGAUACCGAUUCCAGCACUCAGCAAGGAGUCCUAAUGCCCACACCGUCCUCCGAUGAUGACCAUGGGGAACGGCAUGAACUAGUGGAGCCUCUGCAGCCCCUUAGCAAAGACCCAAAGCCCAGGAGGCAGGAUCAAGAUGCUGAUACAUGUACCAGAGAGCAGGCCAGAAUCCACCCAGCUGCACAGCCACACGUCUCUGGGUCUGAACCUUCCCUGUCCCGACGACGGCGGCAGAAGAGAGAGCAGACUGAACACAGUGGGGAGAGGAGGCAGGAUCCUCAGUAUUUGCCUUCUACUGUUGGACAAGUUGAUAGCACAACAACACAAAAAAGCUCCGAAAACCAAAACAGAUCUUUCUCCGCGCCUGUGAGCAACUCGGAGAACAGUGAAGCGUCAUCAUCCAAGGACCGACCACUGUCAGCAAGAGAGCGGAGGCGACUAAAGCAGUCACAGGAAGAGAUGUUCCCUUCAGGCCCUGCAAUGAGGAGAGCUUCUCUGAACACGGAGGAAGGACAGCCCUCCCCUGCCCAGCGCUUGUCUCCGGGUCGCUGCGUUGCCCAGGAGAGGAAACUCACUCAUUGUCUCUCUGAAGAUGAAUUAAGUUCUUCUACAAGUUCAACUGAUAAGUCAGAUGGGGAUUCCAGAGAAGGGAAAGGUCAUACAAAUGAAAUGAGUGACUUGCUACAAGUAAUGACUCAGACCCUAAAAUUGGACUCCAGAGAGAGCUGUGAAGACCUCCCAGUACCAAAUCCAGUGUCGGAAUUUAAACUUCACCGCAAGUAUCGGGACACGCUGAUACUUCAUGGGAAAGUUGUGGAAGCGGCAGAGGGACUCCGUUUUAAAGAGCUGCCUUCGGCUAUGAUGCCGGCUUCCGAAAAGAUCAGAAGAAUAGUUGAAGUCUUGAGAGCUGAUGUCAUCCAGGGCCUGGGGAUUCAGCUUUUAGAAGAGGUUUAUGAUCUUUUGGAAGAAGAGGAUGAGUCAGAGAGAGAGGAGCGCUUACAGGAAUGUAUGGGUGAAAAAUACAUAAUGUACAGCGUGAAAGCUCGCCAGUUGAAAUUUUUUGAAGAAAAUGUUAAUUUUUAAGAAUUCAUUUUAAUCUGCUGCCAGAACUAAACCUAUUUUCAAAGGUUUUUGUCUUCAACAAAAGCAAACUUACUUAACAGUUGUUAUGAGUCCAUCUAAGAAUCGAACAAAACAAGAUAUGAAGCAAACUCACAAAAAAAAACUUUUGGCUAUCUUAUUUUCGUAAGAAAAAAAUUUAUUAAGUGUCAUUUGUUUACUGAACCUUAAAUACCAACUUAAUACCUAGAUUUUUAUUUUUUUAAGGUGAUUAGCUCCAUGACAGAGCUAUAAAGUAGUGGAUUGAAAGUUUUAUAUUGUAAUACAGUGAUAAAAGGAGGUGAAAUAAACAACCUAUGUCCAGUGAUACUUGUUAGUAGUUCAUAUUUGUGGGACUAGACUUAAAGAAUAUGAAGUUGUAUUUAAUAUUUGAACGACUGAAUUCCCUUUCUUUCCUACUAGUGGGCAUAUUUUAUUUCACUUAAUCUAAAUCCACUUAGGUUCUAAAAAAAUAAAACGAAGAUAUCUGACUUUAUAAAUCAA